UGAGACGCAUUUCGAAAAGGUGUGUUACCCAAAGACUACUCGUAAAUAUUGUCAGUUUUAAAUAAGAUUUUAAGUAUAUAAUCGUUUUAGAAAUGUUUCGAUGUUUUGACGUUUUAACAUCACUGCAGGGAUGUCUCGCGGCUGUGCAGACUUGCGUGAUUCUGCGAAAUGAAGAGAAAAGAUCCUGCAAUCAGCAGCAUGCUCGAAUUGAGCGUGAACCGCAAGUGCAUAGGGUCCUAAUACUGGGUACUCCAGAAAGCGGCAAAAGUACAUUAAUCAAACAGACGAAGAUCAUCUACAGCCAUGGCUUUACAAAACAAGAACUCAUCAGUUUCAAGCCUGCUGUGUUGGAUAACUUGCUGACAAAUAUGAAGUUUGUGCUGCAUGGCAUGGGAAUGCUGCGCAUUAAUUUGUCAAACAAGAAAAACAAGGCCCACGCACGCGCAAUCUUGUCAUGUAAGUGUUGUGUAGGAGAGGAUAUGGAGCUGCUGCCAUUUGUGGCUUAUUCAUUCUGCAGUCUGUGGGGGGAUCUGGGCAUGAGGACAGCAGUGUCCAGAGGCCAUGAGUUCCAGCUCAAUGAUUCUGCAUUAUAUUUUUUUGAGAACAUAAGUCGCAUCAUCGCUCCAAACUACAUCCCCACUAAAACAGAUGUCCUCAGAGUGAGAGUAAGGACUCAGGGUGUCAUUGAAAGCCAGUUCAGAGUCAACAACUCACUGUACAGGCUAUAUGAUGUGGGUGGUCAUUGUUCAGAAAGAAAGAAGUGGUACAGUUAUUUUGACAGUGUCCAGGCAGUGCUGUUUAUGGUGGCUCUUAGUGGGUAUGAUCAAAAUCUUCAUGAAAAUCAUUCCAAGAACCGUCUCCAUGAAAGCCUGGAAUACUUCAGAUCCACGUGUAACAGUAUGUUUUUCAGAGGAACUUCUUUGGUUUUAUUCAUGAACAAAAUUGAUUUAUUUGCUGAGAAAAUACUGUAUUCUGGAAGACAUCUGCGACUUUAUCAGCCAGGUUUCAAAGGUUCUGACUGUGAUGUAAGUUGUGCUGCUCAAUAUGUAACUAACCAGUUUGUGGAAUGUGCUACCACCUCAGGCAAGAUGGUGUACUCUCACUUCACCAAUGCCACAGACCCCUCCAGCGUACAUGAAGCCUUCCAGCUCAUCAUGAGCACUAUUGUUAAACAUAACCUUCAAACAAUCUCACUACUCUAAUUUUUUUUUUUUAAUAUUCCCAUUUUUAUUUUUGUCUGCUGUUUGUCUAUUUUUAAUAAAAUAGCCUUUUUAAUGGAUCAGGUAAUCCAUAUAUAAAUAAAUGUGUUUUUAUAAUGUUUUAAUUACGAGCCUCUUUAAUUUGUUACCUGCUUAAUUUACAUAAUUGUGGGAUCAUUAAAGUGUUUUAAUUGAUUCGUUUAAAAGUAUACAUUUCACUCACUAAAGAGAGAUUUUAAAUAUAUGUAAAGCAAAUAUAUAUGCGGUGUUUCGAGCUCACGUUCAAAGACCAAGACUACAGAAAGCACAUCAUGUUUGCUUUAAUUAUUUCACAAAAAUGUGAAGUGCACACAAAUAAACGCAAUCUUUAGCGAUGUACUACUCCUAAAGAUGUACUACUCCUGUUUGGCCAAAAAUUUGCAGCAUUUUAAGCGCAAGUAAGUGCUCAGCCACCUUCAUCUAUCCUGAAGCGAGUGAGCGCUUUUCACGCUGCCCACACACUUCAACAGCACACAUUUCUCUGGGUUAACAUUAGAUUGAGCAGCAUUGUAAAGUUGCUAAUGCUUACAUAUUUCAUAUAUACACAUAAUUCACAUGAAACAUUCACACUAAUCAUAUUUGAGGUCGUUGAGGAGAGCGUUGGAUGCACUUGAUUGUUUUAUCAUAGACUAGUCUAACGACCUGUUAAAUGACUUCGCCGGGUUUUUUAAGAGACUGAUAAAAAUUUGGUUGACCAAACCUCUUCUAGUCGACUAACUUUGUGGUUG